AUGGUGAGGAAUCUAGACAACCUGGACUUCCAUCUGCCUUCACAUGCCCAAGACAUGCUGGAUGGCCUGCAGCGUCUGCGCUCCCUGCCCAAGCUGGCCGAUGUCACCCUGCUGGUUGGUGACCAGGAGCUGCCCUGUCACCGCAGCCUUCUGGCUCUGAGCAGCCCCUAUUUCCACGCCAUGUUUGCCGGAGACUUUGCUGAGAGCUUCUCGGCCCGUGUGGAGCUGCGAGAUGUAGAGCCUGCUGCGGUGGGUCAGCUGGUGGACUUUGUGUACACUGGCCGCCUGACCAUCACUCAGACUAACGUGGAGGCACUGACCCGCACCGCAUCGCGCCUCCACUUCCCCACUGUGCAGAAGGUCUGUGGCCGAUACCUCCAGCAGCAGUUAGAUGCCACCAACUGCCUGGGCAUCUGCGAGUUUGGGGAGCAGCAGGGACUGUUAGGCGUGGCUGCCAAAGCCUGGGCCUUCCUGCGGGAGAACUUUGAGGCAGUGGCCCAAGAGGAUGAGUUCUUGCAGCUGCCUAGAGACCGACUGGCCACCUGUCUGGCCAGUGACCUGCUGCAGGUGCAACCGGAGCAGAGUCGGCUCGAAGCCCUGCUGCGCUGGGUGCGCCAUGACCCCCAGGACCGCUCUGCCCACCUGCCCGAGCUCCUCAGCCUGGUGCACCUGGAUGCGGUGCCAAGGCCCUGUGUGCAACAGUUGCUGGCCACAGAGCCGCUGAUCCAGGAGUCAGAGGCAUGCCAGGAGGCCCUGUCCCAGGGCCACAGUGCGCUUCCUGGCCUCCCACAGACGAUGCAGGAGGUGCUGGUGGUCGUGGGAGGGCGGGCGCUGGAGGAAGACGAGGAGGGUGGUGAAGAGCCCAGCCCCCACACUGGGAACUUUGCCUUCUACAACACCAAGGCCAGGCAGUGGAUGGCACUCCCGGACUUCCCCGAUUACCAUAAGUGGGGCUUCUCUCUGGCAGCACUCAACAGUGAUGUCUAUGUCACAGGUGGUUCACGGGGCACCAAAACAGACACCUGGUCGACCACCCAAGCCUGGUGCUUCCCGCUGAAGGAAGCUGUCUGGAAGCCUGUGGCACCCAUGCUGAAGGCCCGCACAAACCAUGCCAGCACAGCACUGAAUGGAGAGAUCUACGCCAUCGGUGGCACUGCCCUGGAUGCCGUAGAGGUGGAGCGUUAUGACCCCUACACAGACAGCUGGAGUCCUGUCAGCCCGGCCCUCAAGUAUGUCAGCAACUUCUCGGCCGCUAGCUGCCAGGGCCGUCUCUACCUGGUGGGCUCCAGUGCCUGCAAGUACAACAUGCUGGCUCUUCAGUGCUACAGCCCUGUGACAGACGCCUGGAGUGUGAUCGCCUCACCCUUCCUGCCCAAGUACCUGUCCUCCCCACGCUGUGCUGCUCUGAACGGAGCCCUGUAUCUCAUCGGCGACAACACGAAGAAGGUCUACGUGUAUGACCCGGGGGCCAACCUGUGGCAGAAGGUGCAGUCUCAGCACAGCCUACACGAGAACGGUGCACUGGUGUCUCUGGGCGACGCGCUGUACGUGACAGGUGGCCGCUGGCAGGGCAUGGAUGGCGACUACCACGUGGAGAUGGAGGCCUAUGACACUGUGAGGGACGCCUGGGCCCGCCACGGCUCCCUACCCCGUCUCUGGCUCUACCAUGGGGCCUCUACCAUCUUUCUGGACGUCUCUAAGUGGACACAGCCCUUCAGCCCAAGUGCCGCUCAGGAACACUAG